CUCGACUCCAUGAAGAUUUAAGUACCGUCAUAAUUUUUAAUUAAAUUCCAUUCAAAUAUCGCAUUUCAACCGAGCAAGAUGGAUACAAGUGUCGAGGAACAAAACUCGCCAACCGAAUGUUGCAUCGCGUGUCUCACAAAAGACGAGAACAAGCUCUCAAACGCAAAUGCCGCCGGCUUGCUUAAGGAUUUCCUGCCCCAGCGCAAUUUGUCACAUUUAUUCAAGUACAUUCCGGCUCAAUUGUGCACCGAAUGCCUCACGCAGAUGGAAUCCCACAUCAACUUCAAGCUUUGCGUCGAAAAUUCCAUACAAGAGUUGGAGAAUGGUUUGCCAGACAAGCCCAAGGGACGCGGUCGCCCAAAGAAGCCCGAGGGUGAAAAGAAAGCAAAACCCUUGCAAAAUGGCAAUCACGGGCGUCGAGGACGUCCCCGCAAAUCGGAUUUGGAGCCGAAAGACGACUAUGAGGACGAAUCGGAGCGCUCCACAGCAAAUGCCGGGGAUUCGCCACCGAAAGCGAAGGGCAAACGUGGAAGACCCGUUGGAUGGCGCAAAUCGACAAAUGGCGACACUUCGAUGGGAAAUGGUUCAACUCCGGGACGUGGGCGCGGACGCCCUCCAAAACAUAUCGAUGACGACUCCAGCAACGAGGGCAAUUUCUCACCGGCACCAAAAUCCACCGGAAAACGCGGACGUCCCGUAGGAUGGCGCAAAUCAACUUCGGAUUCGAAUGUCAAAAUCAAGAUUGCCGUCCCAGGGAGCAGUGGUCGCAAAGCUGGGCGUCCCCGUAAAUCCGAAACUGCUUACAACGAUGGCGACGACAACGAAGACGAUUCUUCCUCCAAUGAGUUGCAAGAUGACGAAGAUGGAAAGCGUAAACGCAAAACUCUUUAUUUUGACAUUGACAGCGAUGAUUCCGAUGCUUUGGUAGCCAAGAAGAAGAAGGCAGCUUCGACUUCGGGUGGUUCUUCGUCGGGCAAGAAACGUGGGCGCCCAAAGAAAGUCGAUGACGAGGAGAAAGAUGCUGACGUUGAACAGGCUCCAUCGGUUCCAGAUCCUCUUGCUACCCCGGAAAAGGACGAAGAAGAAGAAGAAGAGGAGGAGGAGGAAGCAGCAGACAAUGCCGAGAGUGAAAAGAUUCCUUCGUAUUUUUAAAAGCAUAAAAUUUGCUUGAUUUUCAACUUUUUUGAUUAGAACUUUAAUAUUUCCUUAUUUCUGUUGUAAAAACUGACACAUUCGAUGAAAAAUUGAAAAAUAUCCUAAAUUUAA